AUGUUACUCACCUGGCUGUCCUGCAGCUGUCCCUUUUCCUGCUGCUGGGCUUUUGGCUGCCCUAAUGUGGAGUCCUCUCUUGACUUGAGCCUCCCUGGGGAUUACCUCGUUGCAGGCCUGUUCCCUCUGCACGCUGAGUGUCUGGGGGGUCCUCUGCCUACCCCCUCAGCCAGAGUCUUGCUGUUUCUGAAUGUGCCCACUCUCCAAACAUUCUCCGUGAGCCCCGUCCGCAACGUGGCCCGGGCUGUCUGCGCUGUGGCCCACGGCCUCCACCAGCUCCUGGGCUGUGCCUCCCGAUCCUGUUCCAGGGGCCAAGUCUACCCCUGGCAGCUUCUAGAGUGGAUCUGCAAGGUGAAUUUCCAUCUACCCCAGGACACUGUGACAUUUAAUGACAAUGGGGACCCCCUCAGCAGCUAUGACAUAAUUGCCUGGGACUGGACUUUCAGGGUCAUCGGCUCCUCCACCUGGUCUCCAGUUCAGCCGGACAUAAACAAAACCAAAAUCCAGUGGCAGGACAAGGACAACCAGGUGCCUGAGUCCGUGUGCUCCAGUGACUGUCUUGAAGGGCACCAGUGAGUGAUUGUGGGUUUCCACCACCAUUGCUUUGAGUGUGUGCCUGAAGCUGGAACCUUUCUCGAUGAGAGCGACCUCCACAACUGCCAGCCUUGCGGGGAAGAAGAGUGGGCGCCCGAGGGAAGCCAGACCUGCUUCACACGCACCGUGGUGUUUUUGACUUAGCAUGAGCCCAUCUCUUGGCUGUUGGUAGCUAAUACACUGCUGCUACUACCUGUGGCUUGGACCGCUGGCCUGUUUGCCUGGCGCUUAGACACCCCUGUGGUGAGGUCGGCUGGGGGCAGGCUUUGCUUGCUCCUGCUGGGCUCCCUGGCAGGGGGCAGCUGCGGCCUCUAUGGCUUUGGGGAGCCGAGGCUGCCCACGUGCUUGCUGCACCAAGGCCUCUUUGCCCUCGGUUUUGCUAUCUUCCUGUCCGGCCUUACAAUGUGUUCCUUCCAGGCAUCUUCAUCUUCAAAGUCUUCUGUCAAGGUACCCACCUUCUAUGAUGCCUGGGUCCAACACCACAGGGCUGGCCUGUUUGUAGUGAUCAGCUCGGUGGCCCAGCUGCUUAUCUGCCGAAUUUGGCUUGCAGUGUGGACCCCACUGCCCACCAGGGAGUAUCAGCACUUUCCUCAGUUGGUGGUGCUUGAUUGCAGCGAGGCAAACUCACCGGGCUUCACACUGGCUUUCACCUACAAUGGCCUCCUCUCGGUCAGCACCUUUGCCUGCAGCUACCUGGGCAAGGACCUGCCAGAAAUCUACAGUGAGGCCAAAUGUGUCCCCUUCAGCCUGCUCCUCAACUUUGUGUCCUGGAUCGCCUUCUUCACCACUGCCAGCGUCUAGCAGGGCGAGUACCUGCUGGCUGUCAACGUGUUGGCCAUGCCAGUGAGCAGCCUGAGUGGCAGCUUCAGCGGCUAUUUUCUCUGCAAGUGCUCUGUGGUCCUCUGCCGCCCGGAUCUCGACAGCACGGAGCACUUCCAGGCCUCCAUCCGGGACUACACCAGGCGCUGAGGCUCCACCUGACCACUGGGUCCGGCAGAGCAAAGCCGGGGCUGAGCAGGGCGGGCGGGAAACCUCCUCUGCCCUGAGGGGCGAAGGUCAAGCGGGGCGCACAGGGCCUGGGGUGUCCGGGAGGUCUUUGGGCUCUUCACUCAUGGCUUGGGAAAUGUAAGCGCAGGGAGACCCCAGCCCGGACUCCCGGCUGCCAAUAAAGAGGAGACAGGUGCGUCUUGGCUGCGCUUCCUGUCUGGGAGAAGGGGGGGCGCCGCCGGAACCACGGGACUCGGCCAGAGCCGGACGAAGACCCGGCGCCGACCCCGCGUGGACCCGGAGCCCAGCUUGGCGUUGCUGGGCAACUUCGG